UCACAGUAAAGAGUGCAUUGCAUUUCUAGUACAUACAUACAACUUUCACAGUGAAGCAGUGGUCGAUAAGAUAAGGUUCUGGAUCACUGCAUGCCUUCCUACUUCGUGCCUGCCUUCCCUUAGGCUGAGCGCUCCCAGAAACCAUGACACAGCUUAGAUUCUGGAUGAAAGUGCAACCGACAUCACCAUAAAGAACCCCGCUGUGGUAUCGCAGCUCACUCGUUCUCUUGCAUGCUGCCCACCAGCGUCACGGCACAUCAAGUCGCUCGCGCGCCGCUGGAAUGAGAAGACCAGCUCCCCGACUGCUAGCCUCAGCACCACACCCAAGAUUGCGGGCGACGGUUGGUCCAGUCUCACUGGCCUUCUCCCAGCCCGCCCCCGCCAUCAAUGUCCUGCCCUCAGAGUCAACCCCAUCAUGGCCUUGUUGCCGACCGUGCCGACCCUACCGGCCCAGGCCCAAACAAGGCCAACCGACGAGCGUUCUGGCAGCAUCGGCAUCGCUCCGUUCCCAAGUUCCGCCGCUGACACGCCGGUACACCCACACUACAUCCCACCAGCAGCAGCCGCCGCCGGCCGCCGACGCGGUGUAUCCACCCCUGGAUGACGACGGCAGGCUGGACCCGUCGGCCCUCCCCAAGCUGCCGUUUCGCUUCGACACUGGCAUCGCCCUCUUUGCGAAGCGGACACCGCGGCCAUUUCCACCCCCGUUCCUUUCCCCGCCAUCGGGCUCCUUCAGCGACCCGCUCAGCACGCACGACAGGAGCCGCGACCGCCGCCGCCGGGCCUAUGUAGGCGGACGCCUGAUCCAGGGAUUCACCAACGGUGACGACGCCGUGUUUGCGAGCGACUACUUCAUCUGUGCCAACGACGGGGUGGGCGCCUGGUGUACGAGGCCAAGGGGACACGCCGGACUGUGGGCGCGUCUGAUUUUGCACUUUUGGGCCACCGCCAUAUUUGAAGACGCCGCGCGCCAGGGCAACUCGUACCAGCCCGACCCCGUCGCCUACCUGCAGCGUGCGUACGAGCAGACCAUCGAGGCUACCAGCGCGCCUAACGACUGGCAGGGCACCACGACGGCGUCGGGCGCACAGCUGCACUACCGGCGCCUUGAGAGCGGUGAAAGUGCGGCUGCUGCCGGUGAUGGUGUCGGUGGUGACGCCAUUGGGAACGGUGAGAAUGCUAAAAGAGCCGCGGUGGAACCCCUCCUGUAUGUCACCAACCUCGGCGAUUCCCAGGUUAUGGUGAUCCGCCCGCCGACGCGCGAGAUGAUCUACAAGUCCACCGAGCAGUGGCACUGGUUCGAUUGCCCGCGCCAGCUUGGUACCAACAGCCCAGACACGCCGGCCACGUGCGCCGUGGUAGACCAAGUUCCGAUCCGCGAGGGAGAUGUGGUGCUGGCCAUGUCGGACGGCGUCAUCGACAAUCUAUGGGAGCACGAGAUCGUGGAAAAGGUUUGCGAGAGCCUGGAGAAGUGGCGGGCUGGGCAAGGCAGGGGUAGAAGUGCUGUGUUGGAUGGAGCUUCUAGUGAUGACGGCGGCAUGGGAUAUGUCGCCGAGGAGCUGAUGGAGGCCGCGAAAACGAUCGCGGUAGAUCCGUUUGCCGAGAGCCCAUUUAUGGAGCAUGCCAUUGAGGAGGGACUGGCGAGCGGUGGUGGGAAACUGGAUGAUAUUAGCGUUGUCGCCGCGCUGUGCAGGCGGAACGGUGUUUAACGGCGACGAAAGAUAUGAGCCAGCAUGUUCAGCACAAGAGCAUUUGCCAUUUGCUCGUACGAUCCUCUUAUAGUGGCUGCGGCUUGGAGGAAUGGAGUCUGGGUGUUCAGAACAGCCCGAAACCGGAUUCAACAAGAGAAUGACUAGACCACCAUCCCAUAAUCACGGCGUUGGGAAAGGUCAGAGGCAAACGGUUGAGGUGGCUGCCAAAGCGAGUUUGGUAUCUCCAUGUGUGCAUUGCUUGAUAAUGUAGUAGACGAAAGACUGAAAACAGUCGACCUCAUCUAUAAUGACACAAGCCUCCUUUGUGUUGCACCGUAGUGCUGCCUAAUGUUGAAGUACACCUUGUCCAU